UUCUCAAUAAUGACUCGAAUUCAAUGUGUUGAUUGAAGGCAUUGAAUAUUACUUAUGCUACCAGCUUUUUCAUAAUUCUGAGUUCUGUUUUGAUGGCAUUUAAAAUACAUCAUACAACUUGAAAGCGGCGAAUUUUGAAAAGAAUAUUUGAGGUUUAAAUUUCUCUCGAUUAAAAAUCGUUCAGGAAGGACUGAAACAUAUUUACAAAAUAAUUAAAUUGAAUCGUAAUCUAAACCAUGUAGAAAACACGCGCACGUUACUUGUCAUCCCAACAUACAUCUUGGUAAUGAUGCAGAGAGUGUGUCUUGAAUUUUUCUUGUUUUCUUUGAUUGCUUUUCCGGUUGUUGAACCAGCGCCCCCUGUGAUUACAGGACUCCCCAGCUCUAUAAAUCUGAUAGAGAGCGCCACAGGGAGCACUACCGCCUCCCUGUACACUCUCACAGUCAGCGACCCUGACCCCGGGGACACUUACACCUGUACCAUAACACCUCCCGUUACCGGGUUCCAAGUCACCGCAGCAAAGCUGUACCUAUUGACCAACCCAGGAUUUGAGUACGACACAACACCAUCUUUCCCCAUCAACUUUCAAUGUACCGACUCCAACUUGGAAAAUUCGACUAUCCAUACGUUGACUGUCAACAUUCAGCCCAAUAACCCUCCAAGUAUAACCGGGCUUCCGACGUCUGUAUCAAUCAACGAUGGAGAAGAUGGCCCUAAGAAAAUCUACGAUGUUAGCGUUUCAGAUGUUGAGAACAACGCCUUUGCAUGCCAUUUAACACCUGCCGGGACGCCGUUCAAUUAUCAGUCUACCCCAGGACAUGCUAUUCAUUUGAACAGUGCCCCUGGCCUCAACGCGGCAACUACUUCCUCUUACACACUAACGAUAACGUGCGCAGACAACUAUGGCGCAUCGCAAGGCACUCUGACCGUUAACAUUGUAGCCAAUGCUGCACCUGACAUCACAAACUUACCAGCCUCGAAAACAGUACAGGAGGGCGCAACGGGAGGAUCCAGCAUUUUGACGGUGGCUGUGACUGAUCCAGAAAGUGAUACUUUCAGCUGUAGCAUGUCUAGUGCUCCAGUGUCCACCGCCUUCUCCUUGGAUUACACAACACAAUACGACAUAAAUCUCAACACCGGGCAUGGACUGGAUCCAGCCGUGGUCAGCUCUUACACUCUAACUGUCACGUGUGUAGACAGUAACGGUAAAUCUAGUUCCUCUGCUCUCACUGUAACCGUGUCUCCUAACGCGGCACCAGUCAUCACCAACCUACCAACCACGGUAACCGUUAAUGAAGGUGAUACAGCUAAAACGGAACUCGUGGCUCUGACCGUAACUGAUACCGAGUCUGACUCUUACACUUGCUCUAUGACAACUACAGGUCCAUUUACAAUGGAAUACGUGACACCAAAAUAUAAGAUUUACUUGAACGCUGCCCCUGGGUUAGAUCACUCCGUGACACCGUCAUAUACCAUACCAGUCAUUUGUUCUGACAACUAUGGCUCAAGUACAGCAUCGCUAACCGUAAGUGUUAUUGCAAACGCCGGACCAGUUAUUUCUGGACUUCCGACUGGCGUGUCCGUCACAGAAAGUGACGCCGGCGGAAGCAGUAUCUACACUUUGACAGUCACGGACACAGAUCCUUACACGUGCAAUAUCCAGACAUCAGCCCCAGUUACAACUUUCUUUUCGUUGGUGAAAACAGGAACACAAUAUGACGUUCAUCUUAAUACGGGACAUUCUCUGGAUCACGCCACUGCAUCAUCCUAUGCUCUUACGUUACAAUGCACUGAUGGAACUGCGUCGACUGGCGUGUUAACCGUAAACGUUCAACCGAACACACCGCCGGACAUAACAAGUCUUCCCGCCACUACCACCGUGGCGUCAGGAGAGGCAGGAGGCCGCACUUUACAUAACCUCGCCGUCACAGAAACUGAUACGUACACGUGUAUCAUGUCCAGUACACCGACAAGCUCGGAAUUCAUACUGAAUUAUGCUGCAUCAGCUUAUACCAUUGAUUUGGCGACAAACCCAAAUUUUGGUGGAACAUCAUCCUUCACACUGACUGUUACUUGUUCUGACAAUUGGGGUUCAACUGCUAAAGUUCUUACCGUAAAUGUGAUACCUAAUGGCGCCCCAGUCAUUUCCGGAUUACCAACCACUAUCACAGUUUCUGAAAUUGCUACCGCAGCCAGCUGUCUACAUACUGUAGCUGUCACUGAUCCAGAGUCUGAGACUAUCACGUGUGCAGUUUCGUCAUCUCCCGCGGGUCCAUUCGAAAUGGUACAAAACCCUGCUACACCAUCAUACCAGGUCUGCCUCUUAUCAAAUGCAAUAGCAAGCUUGGAUGCUGUAACAGCACCAACACAUGACGUCAAUGUUACGUGUACCGACAGUGCAGGUGGGUCAACCAGUGCUAUUUUGUACGUUGACGUAACGAAGAACGAACCACCAGUAAUAACCGGGUUACCUAUCACAGUGGAGGUUUUAGAAAAAGAAAUUUUGGAGCGAAAACUUAACGACUUCACAGUUACAGAUCCCGAAAGUGACACAUUUACAUGUGCUCUAACAACAACACCGACAGGGGGACCAUUUGAUUUGAGAAGAGAUGCCACUACUCUUGUAUACUCUGCGUACCUGGAUAACUUACCAGGACUAAAUUACACAGCUGUCCCUAGCUACACGUUAACAUUCACGUGCACGGACUCGCCGAAAGGCCGUUCAUCUUUCAGAACUUUACAAGUCGAUGUCUUGGAAAACAGACCUCCAACAUUUACAAAUCUUCCAGCCACAGGAACCCCAAACGCAAUGACAACCUUGAAGUACGCCUCCAUAUUCAAGCCUACUGCCACUGAUUUGGACUCAGAUACCAUAUUAUACAGCAUGGAAAUUACACCGAAGACGAACAGUUUUACAAUCAACCAGGUUACAGGUGAAAUAACAGCUACUCAGGAUCUCAAGUAUGAACUGACACCGAACUUUGUUCUCAACGUCACUGCCUCGGACUCGCGCCUGUCGACGCAUGCGCUAUACACCAUUACUCUUACAAAUAUUAACACACAACCAACCCUCAGCAAUCUGAUUUUAAACGGGGUGACGAAUGUGCAUUUCCCGGAACUGACGACAGCAGCAGGAGCGACACUGUACACGCCCACUAUAUACGACCCGGAUACUGGCCAGACACAGACCAUCAACAUAAAUGUUUACCCAUCUGGCCAAACUGAUAUGUUUACAGUCACCGGAAAUAACAUUGUACUUGCAACAGGAAAAACUUUGGAUUAUGAAACACUAAAUUAUUACCGUUUAGCUCUCUACGUCACAGACACGAUGGCCUCAUCCGGACCGUAUUAUCUUGCUGUUCAUGUUCUAGACGAUCCGGAAGUUUGCACAUUCCCACAAACAUUAUACAGAUAUGACACAUACGAAGCUGGGAUUGGAGGUGGCAAUAUUAAUUUGGGAUUGGAUGCCUUAGUAGGAGACGUCGAUAAUCCAGACAGCUUAUCGUUCAGCCUCAUCCCUACUACACACAGCAAGCUUUUUAACAUCAGUAAAACAACCGGAAUCAUUACGUUUGCUGUGAACUAUGACAUUGAUAAAACACACCCACAAAAUCUGACAAUCGAGGUCAAAUGCACAGAUAGUUACGGCGAAACAGGUACGGCUUCAAUCUCUCUCUACGUAAAAGAUGUAAACGACAACGAGCCGGAUUUUACGUCAUCUGGUUACGUCAUUACAGUAAAUCAGUACACACAACCUGGAACCUCUAUUGGAAAAAUCAUUGCCAAUGACAUCGACCAAAACGAAAACGCAGAAGUAGAGUAUGAUGGGUCAUCGGCAACAGGGUCCCAGUAUUUUAAAGUCAUGAAAAAUGGUGGUAUAUAUUUAACGAGUAACAUUAACUUUGAGUACGGUAUGACGCACCGUUUUCGCGUCAUCGCAGUGGACCAUGGUACACCUCAAUUGACAGGAACGUCUUACGUAGAUAUCAUAUACCGAGAGACAUUCACUACAUCCACAACAACAGCUGCGUCCACGUAUCAGGACUGGUGGAGCAAGCCCGAGAAUGUUGCUAUGGUGGCCAUUUUGAGUGUUUUGGGCUUGUUAUUAUUGGCGCUUCUAGCUUAUUUGUUAUAUCGCUGCUGUUUGGGACGCUCGUGUUCAAAGCCAAAUUGCAGGUGUUGUAAACCAGAACCGUCAAAUAAUCUUCGAAAAUUAAAGAAUCCGGGGCCUGAGAAGUUUAAACUCUGGGAUGCCAAUGACCUGAACAAAAAGAGAGACCCAUUCUCAACUGCUCAAAUGGAGGAAGGUGUACCAGAGACGAUGAAAAUGUGACAUCAUUAUUUAUCCUACGUUGUUACUCUUACUAUAUUUACACAUUUUUCUUAGUGCCAAACAUCCUUGUGAUUAGAGAUGAAUUACUUUUGGUGAUUGUGAUGUGCGAAUAUUUUAUUUAUUGAAUUUGCUUUUGCAUGAUGUAUGAUUGCUACAAAGAACUUUGUUACGUUAA